AUGGUCGAAUUUCAGUUGUUUGUUUUGGAAUGUUGUAAAGUUCAAAAUACUUUAAAAGAUAUAUGUGGAAGUUUAAAUAUAAAAAUUGAAGAUGUUGAAGGUAUAGAAGUUCCACUGAUAAAAUCUGAGGUUAAGGAUGAGUCAAUGCCUGAAGACAUUUCAUGUGAAAUAAAUAAUGGAGUUUUACUGUCGGACUUUGAAAGAGACGAUGACCUAAAUGAUGAUGAGGAGAAAGACGAAGUUGCUGGUGAAGAUUAUGAGGAUGAUGACUACCUUGAUGAUAUAUCAAUAGCUUCCUUAAAGAAAAUGAAACAGAAAAGAUUUAAAAAGAAGCCAUUGACUGAAGAAGAAGAAAAUGAAGUUCAGAAAGUUCUAAAAAGUUCAAACUUUAAAGUUAAAGAUAUAGUUAAAUUGAAAUGUGAUAUCUGUGAGGAGUCUUUUAAGUCAUGGAGUGCCCUUCGUGUUCAUUAUGCUAAAAGCCAUAAAAGCAAGCCGCUUGUAUUUUGUAUAUGUGGGUUUAUCAUCCGUUCCAAAAGUGUUCUCUAUAAACAUGUAUCGGAUCAUAAAAUAGAAAGUAGAAAAUUAAGGAAAGAUGCAGAACAAGACAUGGAAAACCAAGAAGAAUCUAAAUACUCAAGCCUUAAUGUUAAAGACUUUAUAAAUUUUAUAUGCAAAAAAUGUCAAAAAGAGUGUUCAAGCUGGUAUACACUGAAGUCACACACUCAAAGGGUGCACAAUAUCUUACCUGUUGUAAAUUGUAUCUGCGGGAUCACACUUAAGUCUAAAUCAUGUAUGUACAAACAUGUUCAAGACCAUAAGCAACCAAAUGUUUUAGCAUGCGAUAAAUGUCCAAGAAUAACAAAGACUAUAGAGGCAUUAAACAAACACAAAAUGAGACACAUACCAAAGUCGGAGAGGAGGUUUACUUGUUCUUCGUGUAACAAAACUUUCAAUAACAAAGACACACUGAAAUCACACGAAAGAUCACACAUACCAAUAGAGGAGAGGAAAAUAUUUUGCUGUGACCAGUGUGAUUUGAAGUUCACGACACGCUCGUCGGCCGCGUCGCACAAGCGCGUGGUGCACGACAAGAUCAAGAGCUACGUGUGCGACCUGUGCGGAUACGCGUGCGGCACCAACGGCGAGUUGCGCCAGCACCGCGCCAUACACAGCGACGACAAGCCCUACGAGUGCAGGAAGUGCUCCAAGCGAUUCAAGACGUACUCAAACCUGAAGACGCACGUGGACACGCACGAGGACACCUCUUAUACCUGCUACGUGUGCAGUCGAGUGCUGAACAGUCGCCGCACUCUGCGAAAGCAUUUGCUGGUUCACGAGGACAGAUGUCGCCACGUCUGCUCAUACUGCAACAAGGCCUUCAAACGCAGACAGACCCUCAAGGUGCACAUGUACAUGCACACGGGCGACAAGCCGCUCACGUGCAAGUGGUGCGACGAGCGGUUCGCGUACGCGUCGACGCUGCGCUCGCACCGGCUCCGCUGCCACGCGGACAAGCUCGCCGCGCACACGAACGGGGGGCCCAACUACGACGCCAUCGCGCAGGCGCUGCACCACGAGUUUCUCAAGAAUGAUCCAACAACGAAUGUAACAAAGAUAGAAGGGGAGGCUAUU